AAAGAGUGCUGCGCUCUUCCUCCUUGAACAUGUGGGAUGGCUGCUUGAAGCAGUCAGAGAUAUUACAUUAAAGUUUACCACAAAUAUUAAUUAAAAACAACCAGUUCUUUUCGCCAUGGGUAAAUUAAACGUCGUCAUUCUAAGAUAUCUUUCCAGAGAUGAUUUUAGGGUGCUAACAGCGGUGGAAAUGGGCAUGAAGAAUCACGAAAUCGUCCCAGUAAGUCUGAUAGCAUCCAUUGCCAGUCUCAAACAUGGUGGAUGCAAUAAAGUUUUGAGGGAGUUGGUGAAACACAAACUGCUGGCCUAUGAACGCAGUAAAACCGUACAGGGAUAUCGGCUGAAUUACGGUGGCUAUGAUUACCUGGCACUGAAGACACUUUCAUCUAGGGAUGUUAUUGUGUCUGUUGGAAACCAAAUGGGAGUUGGUAAAGAGUCAGAUAUUUACAUUGUUGCAAACGCUGAGGGAGAGCAGUUUGCCCUGAAACUUCACAGACUGGGUCGGACAUCUUUCAGGAACCUAAAGAACAAGAGAGACUAUCACAAGCACAGAAACAAAAUCUCAUGGCUGUACCUAUCCCGGCUCUCUGCCAUGAAAGAGUAUGCAUAUAUGAAGGCGUUAUAUGAUUGUGGAUUUCCUGUACCAAAACCAGUGGAUUACAACAGACAUGCAGUGGUUAUGGAGCUUAUCAAUGGUUACCCUCUGUGUCAGGUUAAAGAAAUUCAAGACCCAGCUGCGCUCUACAAUGAAAUCAUGGAGCUAAUUGUCAAACUCGCUAAUCACGGCCUGAUCCAUGGAGAUUUCAAUGAAUUUAAUCUUAUGCUUGAUGACAAUGAUCAUGUCACAAUGAUCGAUUUCCCUCAGAUGGUCUCCACUUCACAUGCUAAUGGAGAAUGGUACUUCGAUCGGGAUGUCAAGUGUGUUCGUGAUUUCUUCAUCAGAAGGUUCAACUACGAAAGCGAACUCUAUCCAACAUUUAAAGACAUAAGAAGAGGAUGCUCUCUUGACGUGGAGAUCUCAGCUAGUGGCUACACCAAGGAGCUGCAACAGGAUGACUGUUUGCUUCACCCUGAAGGUCCAGAGGGUGAGGAACUCAGUGGAGAUGAAGACUGUAAACACCCAGAGUCUGCCGAUGAAACGGUUCAGCCGACCUUAGAGGAAGCUGUCAACAUGGAAGAGUAUAAACAUGCAAUGUUGGAGCUAGAAGGUCUGAAAAUAAGUGGGGAGACACCAUCAGAACAAAGCGAUGUAGGGGAAUAUAAAGGAGCUGAAUGUGGAAGCAAGAUCUCCUCAGAGAAUGCUCAGACAGAAACUGUUUCUGACAUUUCCAAAGACUUUGAGAGGGAUGAGGAGGGUGAGGUAGAGGAUGAGUGUCCUGACCUGGUUGAUCUAUCACCAAACAACAAAGAAUUCAGGCCUUUCAGAGACCAAGUCAGUCUUGAGACAGAGCACAGGAUGAGAACAACAAGUGAAACCACCAUUGGAAGUGUUGGCAGUUGUUCAACCAUUGCACCUGAGGUCAUUAGACAGAAAGUAAAGAGACAACUUACAAAACAGCAGAAGGCUGCUCAGAGACGACGUCUUCAGAAGGGCGAGGCGAAUCUGGUAACAAAAGAGAGAAGAGAAAAUCAAAUGAACAUCAAGGGCAGUUUGGAUGCAGCCCAGUUCUGGGGAUGAGGAUGGCACAGAAAUGUCAUCUCUGGACUUUUGUCAGUUGUGUCAUAAUUGUAUAAAAAUAAUAAAAUGGUUGAAAAAAUU